CGCACAAUACAGCAUUGGUUUGUCUCAGUUGCCACUAUAACUAAUUCUUACGUCUUUAUCUUCCUAAAACGUGCAGACGAAAAUGCCAGAGGAAAUCAAAUCGCUGAUCUAUUACCCUAUCCACUAUCACGUCACUUAUGACGUAGUUAAAAAGAAUGGAUUUAACGUGGAUGGUGAGCGAUGGGCCAAUGACGCUAAGAAGACGUUUGCUAGAUUAGACUUGGAUCCAUCAGAGGAAAUGAAUGCGAUAACACUUGGAUGUGGAAAUGGUAAAGUUGAUGAAUCCAUCAUAAACACCUUAUUAGAAAAGUAUUCGAAGAUACGAUACACAGCUGUGGACCCACUUCCCGAUGAACUUGGAAAGUUUGAAAAAAUGGCCAAAGAUAAUGAGAAGAAAUGGCAAAAUGUCAAGUUUGACUUUCAAGCAACUACAGUUGAAGAAUAUUUAGAAAAAGAGAAGAACAAAACGUUCGGUUUGAUCGUCAUUUCACAAUCAGCUUAUCAUUUCAAUGAUAUAGAGGGCACCUUGGCUCAAUUGUACAAUGAUAAUCUGGUCAAAGGAGGAAUGUUUUUCAUCAAGAUGGUUGCAGGUGGAUGGGAAAAGGUUUUUCUGAAGAUUGGAGAAUACUACUGCGACCCCAAAUUCCACUUUCUUGGUUCUGAGACAGUGAAAAAUAUGCUGAAGCGUCGAAUUCCUGAUAUCAAACUAGAAGUCGUCGGCAGAGACAAUUUGGUGGAUGUGACAGAGUGCUUUGAUGAGAAAUCGCAAGAUGGUGGUUACAUGCUGGAAUGCCUAACUCAAGUUCACGAUUUUCGCAAUUUCUGUAAACCAGAAAUAAAGAAAGCAUUUAUGGAGUAUUUCAGAGAUGAGUGUUGUAACAAGGAUGGUGACAAAUUCUUUCUCAGGGCAGGAGAGGCAGAUUUGAUUGCAUUCAAGCAGUAG